GACGAAGACGAGGCUCUCUCACACUUUCCGGCGUAGUUUGGUCUGUCUGUCUGCUAGCCUCCGCGUGUGAGCCAUGAGCAAUCCCGGAGCCGCGGACAGAUGGCGGCCGAUGGCCAUUUCCAAUCCGUCGAGCCGACUUAGGACGGCCCGCUCCAUGCCUCACUGGGUCUUGCAGGCCCAGCAGGCAGACGAGAAGAAGCAGUCGGGCCCGCCGCCGGCCCCGAAAGGCCCGCCGCCGUCCCUGUCGGGAGACUGCGGAGAUCCGGACUACGAAGUUAUCGAAUUCCCGUCCUCGAACUCGAGUAAGCCGCUCGCCGUCGGUCGCAGCAACGGCAAUAACCACGCGAGGCCUCCCGUUUUCGCGGCAGGCAGCAUGAUCAACGGCCACACGAAGCCCGCCGCGAGGUGCGCACUGUGCGGCAGCGAACCAGGGACGAUACGUUGCGACAACUGCGUCCAGGUCUAUUGCGACAGCUGCGACGAGGCGAAUCACAAGCAUCCGAGGCGACGUAGCCACGCGCGUCGCCGCAUCCAGCCGGUUUUAUUGGGAAAUGGCGCCGCGGCGAGGCAGGUCAAACCGCCACUGCCGCCGAAAGGUGACACUGGUGGACCACCACCUGUGCCACCACCUCGAAGAAAUCGUAGGGCUAAUCAGUCAAAACUACCACAAAUGGGUUUUCCACCAAUGGACUCGAGCAGAUCAUCGACAUUACGACGUAACGUAGUUGGUUCGGCAACGACAUUAGCGCGACCGUUACCACCACCACCCACGGAGGCCGUACUCGCUCAAGCUGCCAGGAAUGCCGAGGUCAUGCAAACUAACGCCCAAGAAAUGAUGAGGGCACAGCAAGACGGCAAUAACACGGACAAAAUGACAACUCUCCAAGAGAGGUAUCGCAGGUACCAAGAGGCAAUGCGCGCACAAGACGCCAAUCGACGAAGGCACCCGUCGAUAGACAUAACGCCGGGCAGAGACAGCUGUAGUCCAAGACCAGCGAGUAUGCAAUCGCAACGCCACAGUCUCGCUUCGCCGCCACCGCCGCCACCGCCGCCACCCGCACCUGCGCGCAACAUCAUGCAGUCGGCUAGCGUGUGCGAUCUGAGCGCCGCUGGCGUGUGGCUCAAUACGGGCAUGCAACAGGCUCAGUCGGUGGCGCAUUUGAACGCAUUGAACAAUCCUUUGAUGUGGUAUCCGUCAGCUGUUAAUCCAUGGGAUCAAUCGCCAGUUCUUGGCGGUUCCAAUCUCAGCUUGAACCAACCGAUGUGGCCUGGUUAUCCAAUGGGUUAUGGACCACCGUCGCAUCUAUUACCGCCCCAUUAUCCGAUCCCAUCACGAUCCUACAGUCCAGCAAGAAGUGUCAAGUCGACCGGUAGGCGAUCGAAAGCUGCGUCGCCGUCACCGAGUAUGAAAUCGAGGAAAUCAACGGCGUCGACGAGAUCGAGAUUGAGAAGAACGCCAAGUUCGCCGAGCGAUGCGUCUUCGGAGAAUUCGGAGGAUUCGGAUUUCGACGACAGGGUGUCGAGAAGUUCGAGGCACAGGAGAGACAGCAUCAGCAGUGCUAGGACUUCCAGAGCGAGGGCUUAUCAUCAAGAUGAACUUUCCAGAAGAGGAAGGAACAGAUCAGAGGACAGAAUAAAUAGCCUGGAGGGGCAAUGGAUCGCCAAUCAUUUUCCGACUAACGGUGACCACAUUCGCGAGCCAAUCGACGAUGAUCGUCGCUCACUCGAUCCUCGACUCUUGGACGAGCAAAUGCGAUUCAGUCGCGCGGGAAGCGUGCAAGCUCAACGUAGCGGUCAGAGUACCGACGACUCGGCAACUGGUCAACGUUAUAAGGCAAGGAUGACGAGCUCUUCGGACGAUUACGUGGAUAAACACGCGUCAUUGCCAAGAUCAAUGUCUAGAAGAUCGCAACAGUGCAGGAGGGAUACGUCGGAAGAGAGGAGGCGAAAUGCCAAGUUAUCGUCCUUUGAUGAGUCGGACAGUUUGGAUCAUUCAAAUAGAGAGUUAAGUAGGAACUAUCAAAACGAGCAAUACAGACAACGAAGUACAUCGUCGCCACCGCGAGACAGACGUCCAAGUCGAGGUCAACGAACGCGGUCGCCAACUCCUGAGAAACAUCGGAACGUUGAAAAAUUACCAUCGAGGUCAUCGACUCCCGAAAAACAAUCAACGAGGGUACCGGAUAAAACAUCUACGCUCGAUAGACGCAGCUUUAAAAGUAAAGAGAAAAAGCCACCAAUGGCCCCGGCCAACGAUCAGAAGAAAAAUGAGAUGCCAAAGAAGAAUGGAGAUGUCACGAGAGAUUUUAUGUCGGAGGUGAUGAAAGGUGAGUGGGCGUGCGAACAUUGCACUUUCCUCAACGACCCCAAAGAUAAAAUUUGCGCAAUCUGUUGCAAAACGAAAGCGAGCGCUUUACCGCCACCGAAACCGGAUGACGAAGACGACGACAUGGAAGACUGCCUGAAAAAAUUGAAGCUUUUGAACAAUAAUAAUGUCGAGUCAUCUGGGAGCAUGGACAACGGCAAGGGCAAAGAUGAUAGCAUCAUGAAAGAAGAACAAACCGAAGUAUCUGAACCUAUAGACAGCUCAUCCACAACAAAAUCACAGGAGUCUAUAAGAAUUCAAACUGCCACUGCUGUCGGACCGAAAACACAAAACACAUCGAGAGAAACAUCAUCUGUAGCUCUGCUCGAAAAAUACGAUACUCCAAAAACCGACAUGAAUAAUGCUGAAACAGUAUCGAGUGAAUCUUCAAUGCACAAUAGCAAUACGGAGAAAGAAGUAGAAUGUAAGCCUAAAAUGGCAUCAACUGAAACAUCAACGGAAAGUAAAGAAGCAGAAAAACUAAAUGUAGUAUCGACUGAGAUGUCAACGCAAAGUGAAGAAAAGACAAAAACGGAAGCAGUGUCUGAACCUAUGAGAAUAAAAAAUGAAAUUGUAAAGGAGGAAGAUACGAUGAAAGAGGUAAAGAGCGUGACUGUUUCUACGGGCACCUCACCACCCCCGCAAAGUAUCUCAACACAAACUUACGAAGAUCCAAUAUGUUUGAAAGAAAGGGACGAGACAUUUCGACGGGCAGCUUCACUCGCACCAUCGAAGAGCUCAACGAAAUACGACAGCGAUUCAGAAGAUGGUAGAUUCCCGAGCAGUCCAGACAUUUACAAUGGCAGAUCGCGCGGCAGUUUGAGGAAGGAAAGGGUCCGAAGGAAUUCACUCACCUCGCCGCAUCAUUAUUAUCGUUCCAGGGAGCCAAGUCAGCCUCGUUACGAGCCACCUCCAUGUGGCUCAAUUCUUCGUCAGGGUCUGGAGCUAGUGGAAGUGAUGCGUGAAGCCGAACAUCGAGGCUUUUCAGCUGAUGACAUUCAAGUUGCAUUGGUACAAGAUCCGAACAAUCCACUAGACUGGCUACGUACUCAGUGGCCUAAUCUCGUCGAAACUGUACAGAUACUUGCCACAACUCGUGGCAAAGAUCUGAGUGAAGGCAGCGGCAUAGGGCAUGUCAGUGACAUAGAAGCUAAGGAGGUUCUGAGGCUGGCCAAAGGAGAUAUGUGGAUUGCGGUUGCGAGUGCUAUUCAGUUGCGCCAGAGAAAGUGUCAAAAUAUCAUGGCAAAGGGAAACUUUACUAUUAACAGCGUCAUUGCCGCCCUCGAUAACAAUGCUGGCAAUGAAGAAGAUUCGUUACUCGAACUACAAAAGGAUCAGUUGAAGCCGUUUCUCAUGAGAAUAUGGGGACCACCUACCGGAGUGGAGAAUGAAGAAGCUGCACCAUUAGUGAGAACGAAAGUUGACGACUCCACGAUUAUGAAUCAACGGAAAAUACAGCAAAAGCAUCAAGAACAAGAGGACAUAGAGGCGAAAAAUCAGAGAGUCGCCCGACGACUGUUAGCCGAAGGUAGAGCAUCGAGCUACGAGGAAGCUGAAAUCGCGGCAAGCCUAUUAUCUUUCAAAUUCACCGACGAGGAGUCGUUGCACGCGGCAAAGCAGUGUACCAGCGUUGAGGCCGCUCUCGCUUUUCUACAACAGGAGUGCGAGCUGUGCACAGGCCGAUUCGCCAUGAGUCAGAUGAUAUCGAUGCUGAAAUGCACGCACCGCUGCUGUAACGAAUGCGCAAAAAACUAUUUUACCAUCCAAAUAAGCGACCGCAACAUUAUGGAUGCGGUGUGUCCAUUUUGUAAGCAGCCAAACUUGAUCGAUGCUACCGAGGACGAAGUGCUGGAGUAUUUCAGUAUACUUGACAUACAAAUGAAGACGCUUCUUGACUCACCUAUCCAUGAGUUGUUUCAAAGGAAACUCAGAGAUCGCACGCUCAUGCAGGAUCCCAAUUUCAAGUGGUGCGUUCAGUGUUCAAGUGGAUUCUAUGCGGAUCCAAAUGCGAAACGAUUGAUUUGUCCUGACUGCCGAUCUGUUACGUGCGCAUUUUGUAGAAGACCGUGGGAAAAGCAACAUGAAGGCAUCAGUUGCGAGCAGUUUGCCGCGUGGAAAGACGAGAACGAUCCCGAUAACCAGGCCAAAGGAUUAGCUCAACACUUGGCUGAUAACGGAAUCGAUUGUCCGAAGUGCAAAUUUCGAUAUUCCUUAUCACGUGGAGGUUGCAUGCACUUUACGUGCAGCCAGUGUAAGUACGAGUUCUGUUGUGGAUGCGGUAUGAAGUUCGUUAUGGGUGCCAAAUGUGGAGUGAGCCCAUAUUGUGCGAAACUCGGUCUGCACGCGCAUCAUCCACGCAAUUGCCUCUUCUACUUGCGUGACAAAGAACCUUUGCAACUUCAACAGCUACUAAAGGAGAAUAGCGUGGAGUACGACACGGAAGGUAUCUAUGGUUUUCGAAAGUGUAAAGUGCAGCUACAAAAGGAAACUCCUACUGGUGUUGUUGACGCCGUUUGCAAUUCCGACGUUAUCGAGGGACAUGCUGGACUGUGCAGAAUCCACUAUAUCGAGUACCUGGUGCGCAAGGUGCGCGAGUCCCAUCUCGAACCAUUAGCUUUGCUGACAAUCGAUGACCUCGAGGCAUGUGUACUUCGUGCGGGUUUGAAGUUACCGGCCAAUUGGUACGGUCGCGAUCUGCACGAAUACCGUGACGAUUUAAUCGAGAUUGUAAGAAAAGAAAUUCCAUUGGAUUAAGAGAAGCAAGACAGAAGAAAUCAUUUGAUGGGCGUUUCAAGUUUCGUGAUAUUGAUCAAACUUGUCAUUUAUUUAUUGUAUUAAAAAUAAGAUAGUAAUUUUAAGAUACAUACCACAUCAAUUUGUAGAUAUAUACUGCAUUGACCU